UAAAGUUAAGGUAGUGAGCUCAUGUGACUUGGCGCCUCAAUAUCCAACCAACAGCCAAGCACAAGCCCAUCCCCACACCGCGUCCAUCGACAACCGCCUCUGGGCCGCUGGGCCGAGAGACAUUUCACAGUCAAGAGCGCCGCUUGUUGAGAGAGAUGACCUCCGCCGCCCUCUCACCAGGCGCCACUCCGCUGGGUUUCGGGCCCACCACCAACAAACUCCUCCAACCGCGUUUCAGAGUAUCGGCGGCGCAGGCAUUCCCGUCGUUUCUCCCCAAACAAAUAGAAAUUAUCAAGGACCCAUUUGCUCGAAAAUUGACCACCCGGAUUGAGAGACUCCCCGUUCAGGUUAGCUUCUCGGAGGGUUCUAUCAUGAGCAGUUGUGUGAAGCCAUUGCUGCAGACUAAUACAACGCCAGUUGUUCUCCUACAUGGGUUUGACAGUUCCUGUUUAGAGUGGAGAUACACACUUCCACUGCUUGAGGAGGCUGGUUUGGAGACUUGGGCAAUGGACAUUCUUGGAUGGGGCUUCUCUGAUCUAGAAAGGCUUCCUUCAUGUGAUGUUCCUUCCAAGCGCGAUCACCUUUAUCAGUUUUGGAAGUCCUAUAUCAAAAGGCCGAUGCUACUAGUUGGACCAAGCCUUGGUGCGGCUGUUGCGAUAGACUUCGCUGUCAACCAUCCAGAAGCUGUUGAGAAGCUUGUUUUGCUUGAUGCAAGUGUUUACUCAGAAGGAACCAGCAACAUGACAACCUUACCCAAGGCAGUAGCCUAUGCUGGGGUUUUCCUCAUGAAACAGGUUUAUUUGUUGAAGAGUGUCCCACUGCGGUUAUAUGCAACUUAUCUUGCCUUCAAUGGUUUACCGUUUGAUACCUGCUUGGACUGGAGUAAUGUGGGCCGUCUACAUUGUCUAUUGCCUUGGUGGGACGAUGCUACCGUGGCUUUUAUGAAUAGCGGCGGUUAUAAUGUCAGCUCUCAGAUAGAACGGGUCAAGCAUAAGACACUUAUUAUAUGGGGCGAGGAGGAUCAAAUUAUCAGUAACAAACUUGCAGUGAAGUUGCAUUGCGAACUACCAAAUGCAAUCAUACGCCAAGUACCAGAUUGUGGCCAUAUCCCCCACGUGGAAAAGCCCAGCGUUGUUGCCAACUUGAUUGUGGAAUUCAGUCAAGAUGACUAGGGGCCAAUUGUGCACCAGCUAUUAGAGGUUCUCUCUCUUCUCCUUUUAAAUUUUCUUCAACUUUGUUUAUUUGAUUGCAUUUGUAGUAAUUGUUUUUCAUUCCAUUUUGGGGUGGGGGUUAGUAGCUGACUAUCUGCAGCUACUUUUACAGCGGCCAAUUAGUUCGAUUUUAUCUACCAUAAUCUGUUGUUUUGAUUCUUUUGAAUAAACCGGUAGCUUUUUUAAUUGAUUAUGGAAGCUGAGAUCCUGAAGAAGCUUUGAUUUUCCAAUGGAAAAGCAUCUUGUAAAGAAACAAGGCUUUCGAAAAGUAUACUUCUCAGUAA